AUGCUUUCGACCCGCGCAUACUCCGUUUCCGCCGUGAAGCGGCAGCAGCAGCAGCCUAGGCCCUCAGCUAACUCGUCCGCCCAACCUCGCGAGUACACCUCUGAGCAGCGCUCGCAAAACGAAACCGCUCCCUCACCGCCUGGGGACGCCCUGUCCUAUCUCGAUGCCAGAUUGGACUUCCGCAGCCCCAACCAGCGCACCUCGCGCUUCCCGUCCUCUAAUGCCCAAUACGCCAACAGAACAACCACCGCCUACGAUAUCCCAAGCGGCUCCUCCGCUGACGACGCGGCAGCGCGCUACAAUGGCGCGUCCAGGAGCGGCUUCGGCAACGAAUUCGACAACCUUCUAGGCCGCCCAACAUCGAGCACCGGCAACGGCGUGUCUGAGCUCUUUGGCUUCAUGGUGCCGAAACAGAAGCAGAAAAAUCUGGUUGAGCCGCCGGACCCAGCGACGCUGCCGCGCCUGGGCCCGUCCGUCGGCCGCAGCGUAUCCAUCCGCGACAACGUCGACUUAGCUAAGGGUCUGCGUCAGUUGGACGUUAUCUGUGGGCGCAACCGCAUCCGCGGUGAAGCCAACAGACAGCGCUUUCACGAGCGUCCUGGUCUGAAGAGGAAGAGGCUGGCGAGUCAGCGUUGGAGAAAGCGGUUCAUGGACGGAUUCCAGGCUACUAUUUCGAGGGUGCAGUACCUCAAGAGGCAGGGAUGGUAG